CCCGAGCGGCUCCGGCAGGUAGCGCGGGCCGCGAGUUGAGCCAAGUUUGCGCUCUUCCCGAGAACCGCGCCGCACGGAGCUGCAGCCGGCGAGGCGAGGCGGGGGUCUCCGUGCCCGGCGUCAUGGGAGCGUGCCUGGGGGUCUGCUCGCUGCUGAGCUGUGUAUCAUGUCUUUGUGGCUCAGCCCCUUGCCUCUUGUGUGGUUGCUGCCCCUCUACAAAGAACUCUACCAUCACACGCCUCAGCUUCACCUUGUUCCUCUUUCUGGGGACGCUGGUGUCCAUCAUCAUGAUCAUUCCUGGAGUUGAGGCUGAGCUCCACAAGCUUCCUGGGUUCUGCGAAGGAGGUGGUACUUUCCUAGGUGCCCAAGGCAAAGUCAACUGCAAGUCCUUCCUGGGUCACAAAUCAGUCUACCGGAUGUGUUUUGCACUGGCUGUCUUCUACUUCUUGUUUGCCUUGAUGAUGAUCUGUGUAAGAAGCAGUAAAGACCCUCGUGCCGCAAUACAGAACGGGUUUUGGUUUUUCAAGUUCCUGAUACUGGUUGGAAUAACGGUGGGGGCCUUCUAUAUUCCAGAUGGCUCAUUCACUUCCGUCUGGUUCUACUUUGGCGUGCUGGGCUCCUUCUUCUUCAUCCUCAUCCAGCUCAUCCUGUUGAUUGACUUUGCCCACUCCUGGAGCCAGAUUUGGCUGCGCAACGCAGAUGAAGGCAACAGCAAAUCCUGGUACGCAGCCCUCUUCAUCUUCACCUUCCUCUUCUAUGUGGUCUCCAUCGCUGCUGUGGUGCUUCUGUACGUGUAUUAUACCAAGCCAGAUAGCUGUACAGAGAACAAGGCUUUCAUCAGCGUUAACCUCAUCUUCUGUGUGAUUGUGUCCGUGGUGUCUAUCCUGCCCAAGGUCCAGGAUGCUCAGCCUCACUCGGGCCUGCUGCAAGCUUCCAUCAUCACACUGUACACCAUGUUUGUAACCUGGUCUGCCUUGGCAAAUGUCCCGAACAAAUACUGCAACCCAACCCUGCUGAUCCGAAACGAGGGCAACAGCACCACCUCCGCGCCUGCUGGUGGAGAGCCAACACAGUGGUGGGAUGCACCAAGCAUUGUUGGAUUAGUCAUCUUUGUCCUGUGUACAUUCUUUAUAAGCAUCCGCUCUUCUGACCACACGCAAGUGAACAAGAUGAUGCAGACGGAGGAGAGUCCAGUGAUGCUUGGGGGUGGUAAUUCGGCCUCUGAAGAAGGGGUGCACCAGGCUUAUGACAACGAAGAAGAUGGGGUGACUUACAGCUACACCUUCUUCCACUUCUGCCUCCUCCUGGCUUCUCUCUACAUCAUGAUGACACUCACCAACUGGUACAGACCUGACCAAGAACAUCAGCAGCUGACCAGCCCUUGGCCUGCGGUCUGGGUGAAGAUCUCUUCCAGUUGGGUUGGGCUUCUCCUCUACUUGUGGACUCUGGUUGCUCCCAUUGUGUUUCCAGACCGUGAUUUCAGCUGAAAGAUGCACCACACUGUUUAAAGCAUGCAAGCAUAAUGGAUUCGUUGCCAUGGAAAAACAGAUAAAAGGGAUUUUGUUCCUUAAACUUAGGAUGUGAGCGCCAGUCCCUGUGGAUUCCAAAGCUGUUGACUGUCUAUAAAUAUGUGCCUUCUUUCUCUCUUGCUCUUUUGCAUCCAGACAUAUCUUCUAUUCUUGUGCCUCUCUCGGUUUAUAAGGAAUGGGUCAAAGUAAAGUGGUCCACUUGUGUGUGAGAUGCUUGGUGCACAGGACAAGAUGAUCAGGGCAGGGGUGGGGAUGACACAGGUAACCUCGAAACUAUUGCGAAAUAUCUGAGGAGCCUGAAAUAUCAACUGCCAUUUUUUCUAAGGAAUGUUUUUUUUAAAUAUCGCUGUUAAAGUCACCAGUUUGCCUUGUUACAGGAUAUCUUUUAGAUUAAUCUCUUCUAAUUUUGAUAUGAAACUUGUAAUGUGGAGGGGAAAUAAAAUAAAUAGACUGAUUUUUCAGUGUUAAAAAGUCAA